GUUGCAGCAGUGCUUUAUCUGCGGUGCCUGCCUCUGCGUCAGUACAAUAAGUUGGAUCAUGAACGCAUUGAAGCAUGGGACACGAAGUUUCUUCUCCCCAAGUUGCUUCAAGGGCAUGCAGUUAGCAACUCAACUUUCAUCUCGAAGCUCUUUCUACACUCGUGCACCUUCACAGCAAUUUGCACCAAGGGCGUUUCUCAGCAGUUUUGCGACGGCUGAUAUUUGCGAUUCAUAUGGUCUAGACGUGUCUAAGAUUUCAUCAGAUCAUGGUGUAAAAGUCAUUGACCCUUCUCUGAAUUUCAAAAAUUUUGGUGGUCAAUCAGAAUUUUGUGGAAGUAUCGUUACGAUCAAGGCAUAUGAGAGCAAUCCUCUUGUUCGUGCAACUCUGCAAGAAGACGGGAAUGGCCGAGUGUUGGUAGUGGAUGCAGGAGGGUCAACACGAUGCGCUAUGCUCGGUGGCAACCUUGCAGAGAUUGGUGAAAAAAAUGGCUGGGCUGGAAUUGUUGUGUACGGUUGCAUUCGGGAUUCAAAAGAAAUUUCAAAUAUUUGCAUUGGGGUUAAAGCACUCAACACACAUCCUGUGAAAUCCCACAAAGAUGAAAAGGGGGUCAGGGAUGUGCCUUUGCACUUUGGUGGAGUCACGAUCCGUCCUGGAGAUUACAUGUAUUCGGACUCUGAUGGAAUAUUGAUAAUGCCUGGACCAGUGAAAUGAUGUUCAUCCUCUACCAUGGCGCUUACAUUAACUUGUGUUUCUUGUUUAAAUUUCAUUAGAAUCUCGAUAACUUCGCUAUGUUGCAACUCAGUAUAUUUACUUUAAAGACACCUUUCUUGUUUGC